CUGAAUUUCUAGUCAAAUCACUUCAAGAAGUGGAAACGUUAACAUCGCUAGAUUACAAAAUUCAGUGUGUGAAGUGGUCGAUUGUGCUCAGUCUCCUUGGAUUUUUUUCCUACCUGCCCCCUUCCAAUAGUAUUUUGGAGAGCAGGUGUUCCACAUCUGUCUGGACCCUCGUCGUUUCACUCCCUAACAACGGGACUUUCUGCAGAGGGGAAUUUCGGAAUAACAGUUCAGUGGGCCAGUGUCGUUUGUAGUUAGUACACCGAACUAUUUGGGAACACAUAGGACAUAUUUAAUUGUGUGAAAAAUGAAUAAUCCAACGAAUUGUUUCAUUUGUAAUAAUCCGCUGGACAACAAUACGCGAGUGAGUGCAGUGAAACAAAAAGGCAUUAUUGGUUUAAUUGCCAGAAGUAAACUGAAAGAUGACAAGUGGAAGUGUUUAGAAGGCUUGGUAGAAACCAAAGUCCAUGAGAAGUGUCGAGUGACAUAUAAUUUAACGAAUAAAAAAGUGACUGAUGAAGGACAAUCAGCGGCUCCUCAGCCAGUCCCUGCUGAACCGCCAUUCUCUUUCGAAAACGAUUGUGUUUUGUGUCACAAACCCUGGAAGCCAUUAAAUAAGCCGUGCCGGAAGAUAUGUACCCCAAAAGCCCAGGAAUGCAUCAUAAAAUCAAUCGCUGCUCGCAACGACGAUUGGUCCGAGAAGGUGAGGAGGAAAAUCGAAGGAAAGGACCUGCUCAUGGAAAAAGCCCGCUACCACAUCGAAUGCUACGAGAAGUUUAGGUAUAAAACUAAGGAUAAUUUAGACCCAAAGCAGAGAUUACCUGGUCUAGAUGCGGCAUUCGAAGGCUUGUGUCAUUACAUGGAAGAGAGUGGCGAGUGUCAAUUCACUUAUAAUAGUUUGCUGGAGAAAAUGGAGGGCUGGACUACAACCAAAACUACCUUGAAGCAGAGAUUCAUUGCCAAGUACGGCAGUGAACUUGUGUUUGUGGAGAGGCCACCAAAACCAACAGUAAUCUGUUUCCGCAACACAGGCAUCAACAUUUCGGCUAAAUUUUUCCCAUUUAUAGUUUAUGAUGAAAAUCCUGACGAUGAAGCUGAAGAUGAAAGUGGACCGAGCACAAGCAAAAAACGAAGGAUGAAUGAAAGCCAGGAUCCAGAAUUAUGUGACUGAGGGAAGCCCGCACUUUUGGAUCUUCAUGUAUCUAUGCUGCCAAUACUCUGAAUGCUACUAAUCCUCCCAGUCAUUUUGUUGAUCGUGAUUGUAAUUUUUCAAUCAACUACUCACAAUAUUAAUAAAUUCAGUUAAGGCCUGUAAUAA